AGGGAGGGAGAAAGACAGAGACAGAAGAGGGGGAGAGGAGAGGACGGCAGCCUAUUGCUGUUGGAGAGAGAAAGAAAGAGCAAGGGGAGGGGGGAAUAGUCCUGCUGCUUCAAAGCCUGGCUGCAAAUAAUGCUAUCAAGCAAGUAUCCAGAUCUUUGAGAUUCCUUGUCCCACACUUUGAGCAGAAUUGAGCCAGUGAUAAUUUGGGGCAGGGAUGACAUGAAGGUACCUUGAAUCUUGGGACUAACAAGAUAAUGUAACCGUUCCAUCUCAUUGCUAAUACUAUGGAGGGUUUCCUUUUAAAAAUAAAAUAGAAGCGUUUGUAUGAGGUGAAAGUUAAGAUUCCUAACUGGAAGUACAAUUGGAAACAUUUAAAAGUUGGGAGGCAUGGAGAUUAGACUCCCGCACUCAAAAUAUCGCAGGCCACAAGCGCCAUCAAAUUCCCAUGAACGAACCUACAUGAGACCUUUACCAGAGACCCAGAGUUGAAACACUGUUGUUGAAUCAAAUCAGUUUUUAACUGGAUGAAAAAGGACAAUUUCCAGCCAAAUUCUUAUAAAUAUGUAAGUUUAUUUAUUUAUUUACAUAGCAUAUUACUUGAGAACACAGAAAUGCUGGAUGACUUUAACAACCAUCAUAUCAGACUACACAGAGAAGCCAUUGAAAUCCACAAGCAUGUGGACAAUUUCAACAAAAAGAAGGAAACCAUCACAAAAUAGGUGCUGCCAAAAUGUUUGACAUCUAAGUUUUCUAGCUGUUUUUUUUUCAUUUUAUACUUACUUUCUAAUAUUAUCUUGCAGUGUGAACUCUGAUUCAGUUUCAAACAAACAUUGAUAGAAAGGUGAGGUGCAAGUGCUGGUACUCCUUUGAAAAUUCAUUUAAUGCUUUCUUUGCUCCUGCUUAGCAUCCCUGAUCGGAUGGGUGAUGCCUUUAGGACAGUGUUUCUUAAACUGCUCCUCCAGGUGUUUUGGACUUCAUCUCUCAGAAAUCCCAGCCAGUUUAUCAGCUGUUAGGAAUUGUGGGAACUGAAAUCCAAAACAUCUGAAGGAGCACAGUUUGAGAAACUCUGCUUUAGGAUAUCUGGGCCGCAAUUUGGGAUGCGUAUGUAUCUUCAUGUCACCUAUUGGAUUCACCACAUGCAUUUCAUUAAUUUUACCAAUUUCUUCCUCUGAAAUAUAGCUUACACCAUCUGGGUUUUUAUUAGUCACCCAUGUACUAACCAGGGCUGAUCCUGCUUCACUUCCAAGAUCAUAUAGGAUUAGGGCAGAGGUGUCAAACCCAAGUCAAACAGCAUUGAAUGUUUGCCAAUAUUUAUUGUAAACAACCAUGAAUCCCCUUGGGGAGAUAGAGUGGGAUAUAAAUGAUGAUGAUGACGAUGACAAUGGUGAUGAUUAAUAUUUUCAUUGAGGAUCACAUCAGCCUUAUGGUUGCUUUUAAAGGGCCAUUGUGUCAUAUAUUAUGGAGGGUGACUUAGUACUGCUUACAUAUUUUCAUUUGGUAUUUUUUGUCAUUUGCAACUAUCAAAUGUGGCGAGAUGAUAAGGGUGCACUUUUGCAUUCAUGUUCAGUCGUCACUAGUGGCUCCCAUGCCAGUGGAGUGGUAAACCCAUUUCACGUUUUGUUUAGUUUUAAAUGAGCCAUCCAACAGGCUAAAUAUAUCUAGAAAAAGAAUUCAGUACCUUGGAAAGUUCCCUUAAAUGCUAGAAAUAAAAUCCUUAAAAGUUUGUGCUAAACAUAACUUAUUUUUUAUGGUCCCACAAAACUCUUUGCAAAUGUCCAAAGAGAGAAUGUAUCAAGAAAAUAUGCAACUUGUUCCUUCUGAUCUCUGUAACCAUUUGACAUAUGGGUCCUGUGUUUCUUGUGAUGUCAUUUCAAAAACUUGUUGGUAGAUUUAAAAAGUGAGUAGUAUCACUGAGAGAGAAAUUUCAAGCAUAAUCGGCAUUUCACAAGAACGUGUGGGUCACAUUAUUGCUUUGCUUGGCUAUUGGAAGAUCUGUGCACGAUGGGUACUGUGAGACACUGGUUGCGAAAACAGUGUCAACUUCUUCGUGAUGGCUUCAGAAAACUUGCUCAUCAUUGACAGAAAUGUAUCCAAUUUUCUGGUGAUUAUGUGAAAAAGUGAAUAGUAGUAGUUAAAGAGCAUGUUCCAAGGAUUAUUUCUGCCUUUGAUUUAUUAAAAUAUUCCCACCCAAACUCAAGUAACGAAGGUGGAGGCAUUACUUUUAAUUCAACCCUCGUACUAUAUAACGUUAUCAUGUAUUGAUUGCUUUUUCUGUUGAUUUGUUGCAAAACAUGAUGUUUUGGUGCUUAAUGUAUAAAAUCAAUUUAAUUUGACAUUUAAUAGACUUUUCCUUGAUCCCUCCCUAUUAUCCAACAUAUUUGCUUAUCCAACAUUCUGCCAGCCCAUUUAUGUCAGAUAAGAGAGACUCUACUGUAGAAAAAAAAAUCAAGAAUAGGAUCAGAAUUCAUGACACUAUGGGCAAGACCCAGAGAAAAUUAACCAUGGAAUCACACUGGAGGACCUCAAAAAUACAGAAAGAAUUUUAAAUCAAAUCUCUGAAUGAUCAAAUCAACAGAAGUCAAACUCACAAAUGUGGAGAUUAUGUUAAGGAAAUCAACCUUCAGAUAUCAAAUAGUAAAUUCUACAAACCUGUUGCAACAGACCCCACCAAACACAUUCAGUCCCUCAUUAGGGUGGUGUGUCAAGAGGGAUUAUCCAUGGGAUUUAUUUCUUCUUCUACAUUUAAAUAAUUACAAAAUGACUUCCCCAGGAUACCAAUCUGUUGCCAGGUGAGAGUAUAGAAUCAUAGAAUCAUAGAAUAGUAGAGUUGGAAGAGACCUCAUGGGCCAUCUAGUCCAACCCCCUGCCAAGAAGCAGGAAAUCACAUUCAAAGCACCCCCGACAGAUGGCCAUCCAGCCUCUGUCGGGGGUGCUUUGAAUGUGAUUUCCUGCUUCUUAUAGCGGAAUCAGUAGCAUCCAGUUAACACCAUGUGCAAAAGACUCAGACCAGGCAGAGGAAUUGAAAAGAACAAAGGAAACUUUACUCUUGCUUGUUGAGUUGAAAUAUAAAACAGUUCUGCAAUCAUACAAUGUCCAUGUAGUUGCAUAAGAUCAAUAACUAAUCGACAAACUCAGCCACCUGCCAUCAAACCGAUACAUUGUUUUAGGCGUGGCUUCUCUGCAAAAAGUCAGCUCCCUUUUUGCAGAGCUCUUUCUUUGCAAGAAUCUUUCAAGGGAUUUCUUUUACACACACACACACAUUAGCAUUUUGGCGCAAUACAAUCUUUUAUAUUCUUCCUACGAUUCAUAAAGGCAACACUCCACUCCAAGGCCGAUCUAUUAUUUCAGGUUUAUCCUCUGUGUUGGAACCAGUUGCUAACUAUUAGAAUUCUGGCCUGGUUCUCCAGCUCUUUUAUCAACAAAGAUUGAAUUUCAGCAGUUAUUUUCCCAUCGUACUGAAGUGGGAAGCACUGCUAGCCUUGCCAUGUAUUUGCUUCACAGCAACGUCAGAUGAUUCCUUUCUGAAAUUAUUUCUUCCCUUUUUUGUAAUUAAGUGAUGAAUCUCCCUGUCUUCCACAUUGCUUCACUACUCGUAACUCACUCGGUGUGUGAUGUCUGUCUGUUGAGCACCCGAGGGUUCACAUGAGUUCUUCCAAUGUUGAUGUUUCCAUGUUCCCUUGAUAUGCCCAGGAACUGCCAACACAAGUGCCAGCCAAGGUCCCUCCUCUGACCCUCCCACCCUAAAGGGAACAGUCUAACUUUCUGCUUAAUUUCCUAGAAGGAGGACAGGACUAAUUUUUUUUCAUACACCUCUCCAAAUGUCACUGUGACAUUCAUUAUUGUGCCAGCUAGAACAUUGGAAAGAUGAACUGGAAGCGAGUGCUUUUUCUGACCUAUCUCAUGUCUCUUGCGCUCCUGAUUGUGCUUGAGGAAGCCAGCACCAUGUCUGUAGGCUCCAAGACAGUGGCUGUGGGCUCCAAGAAGGAAGCAACAGGAGAAUCAAGAAAGGAAAGUCUGGAAAAGAGAGUCUUCAUUCAAGAAUCAGAUGCCUCUAACUUUUUCAAGAAGCGAGGCAAAAGAUCGACUAAAUCUAGAGACGAACUUAAUGCAGAGACACGGCAGAUGCUGGCAGCAGAUGAACAAAGGAGGGAGUACUAUGAGGAGCAGAGGAAUGAAUUUGAGAACUUUGUCGAGGAAGAACGUGAUGAGCAGGAUGAAAGAAGCCGAGAACAGAUCGAGCAAUGGCGUGAAUACCACUACGAUGGCCUUGAUCCUCCCUAUCUGUAUAAUCGGCAUGUUGUCUAGAGCAAAUGUGAAUAAGGCACUCCACCAAAUAAUAAACAUGGAUGUAUCUGCUGGGUGCGUUGUUGGCAGGACAAGUAGCAAAGCUCAAUUUUUCACGUUAUGAACUUGCUAUUGAUCUGCGGUCCUGAAUCUGCUUCAUCCACCUGUUUCAUAUUAGCAUUGAAUUUAUCGAUAGGCACAGCUUUACUUUGUAUUUUGAAAUACUAGUAAGAAGAUGCCUCCAGACCUUGCUGCACAGGUCAAAUGAAUGCAGGUAUUUCAGAUUUGUCUAUGUAUAUAUCAUGUAUAUGAGCAACUCUACUUAGAGCAAGGGGGCAAUAAUUAUUUUUACACAAUUACUAUAUAUAGAGGGAGGAACAUAAAACAAAAUCAGCUUGUGCUAUAACUAGAGAAUUUUAAAUGAUUUUAGAAUGCAAGGCAAAAAUUGUCUUAAGUGUUUUUGCAACUGUUGAAUGACAGCUUAUGCCAAAUACAAUCUGUUAGUCAUUGAAGGUGCUACAAGACUUUAUGUGAUCUUAUCAUUAAAAAUAUUUUAGCCACUCAUAA